GUAUAUUAACGGGGCUAUUAUUAUUAUUGUUCCAGUUUGUGGAAACUUAUCCUAACAAUAUGCUCGUGCAUUUUUUGGAAAAAUUAAGUAGAUUGACUUAUAAUAGACGCGCUACCCGAAUAUCGUCCUUUUAAAUGGACGCUCUCUGAAAAUUGAGUUUCGGCCGCUAUUUAACAAAUAUUUUUAAAAUCGCUUAUUUGUCGCCAUUUAAUUCUAAAUUCAAAAUUUUGAAGAAACUUUGCUAGGGAGCCUUAAGCAGAGUACUCCGAAGCAGAGUACUCUAAAGUCACAAAAAUUAAUCUAUUUAAAGCAACACUAAAUUUUGUGAAAACCGGUGCCAAUCUGUUACAGUUACCCAAUAGCAGAUUAAAAAUAAAACAGGCCUAUGUGUUUAUUGACAUCGAUUUCCGUUAAUCGACCUAUCGAGGCGAAAAGGGAUUUUAAUACGACGUCAAUUAGAGAAUUAGUCGACUUUGAUCUUUGGUUGGCAAUAAUUCACAAUAAAUUUGAAGGCGACGCUUAACUUCAUAGUUUAUAUUUUUGCAUAGGAAAAGGAAGUAAACCUGUUGCAAACGGCGGUUGCAUCUUCUUGACAUAGAAAAUGUAAGCUCGUGGAUACAAGGUGUUACAAUUUGCGAAAAACAAACUGACUCCAGAUUGACAAAAAAAAAAAACAUUUUAGCUUGGUGGAGAUUGGUUUGAGGUUAAAAUGAAAUUGUAAUUCUUAACAACAUUUAUAGAGAAGUUUAAAGGAUAACUAAGAUUUCAAUUAAAAAAGAAAUUAUUGAUUGCCCAAGCGAAGGAGCAACUACUUUUUUCGUCUUGCAAAAUACUUAUUGGCAUUUAAAUCAUUCAUCACUUAUAUCACUUGAAUCACAAGCCCCAUCUAAUUGGACUUGUAGAAGCGGCAGCUUUUCCUUCGAAAUAACUCAACCGCAUAAGUUAUCGAUUGACAAGAACACCAAAUGGAUCAUUUGAGAUUUCCAGCGUUAGGUCAAGGUAUGCAUCCCUCAGUUACAAAUGGUAUCCCAAGUUUCAUUACCAUGAUACCGGCUAUCACGGAACCCAACACAUCGCCAAUAACAAUUUCAUCGAGCGAUAGUUCUCCUGUCGCCUAUCAUCAGAACCGAAUGCAUUCAAUUCAAAAUCAGCUGUCCAGCGCCAAUGACAUAACUACAAACCCAACUUCCCAUUUGCAGGUUUUAUCGAACACUUUACCUUUGGAUUUCAAGGCGGCAUGUGGGGACACAUCUAAUUUCCAGUAUGACCCCACGACGACAGUAAAUCCAUCAAAGGCUAAACUUCUUGAGUUGGUACGCUUGGCCCUUAAGGGGUGUAGUAUUGCUGAAGGUUUGGCACAAGAGCAUCGUCAUCGACCAUGCUUUAAGAAAAUCGAUUGUAUAUGCGCUCGCUUAAAGCAAGACUUGAUGCGUCCCUAUGGAGUUUUGCCUAACAUCAAUUCUCAAGGCAUACACUGGGGUAUAAAGGAUUUCAUAUUUAUCUUCACGCGCAUCGUGCAUGCAUGGAUUAUUGCCAAAGGCUAUGUCUAUGAUAAUUCGGAGGGCUUAAACAAGGUUAAGUCUGCGUUGAGCCCAGAUUUCCUUAAAUCCUUUGUCGCUUGGCAAGACGCAACUAUUACACUUAUCGAGAGUCUUAUUAAAUCAUUUGUUAAUCUAGAUAGCCUGGUGCAAUCACACAAAAAUGUCAACCAAAAGACGGCUGCACAAUGUACAAUGGACAACAAUUGCUCAUAUUCGGUGUUCUUCUCGAAAGAGAAUUCUUCUGAUCAAUUGAGUGACUCCUUCGACAAUACACAAUGCAGUUCAUUAAAUGAAAACAACGCACCUACAAUGUCCGGGGAGAUGGGAGAAAUUGAACGGAAAACCACCACAACUUAUUUUAAAGCCGGCACUUAUAAUCUAGUCAAAAAAGACAUUUUCCCAGUUGAGUCUGCGGCAACAAUUUCAAUGGAAGAUACGUUUCACUUGCAGGCAGUGCCUUGUAAGCAAGAUAUUGACAAAGCACUUUUAGAUUUUUCGAUUACCUCGUAUGAUGGCAAUGUAAACCCAAUAGUCAAUGUUUCACCUCAAGCUUUAGACAGUUUAAGACCGAAAGACAUCGACUGUUCAAACCAAACCUCCAAAGAAGAGCAAAAUAGCAAUUCACUUUCAAAUAAUAACCACCUCGAUACCAUGGGACGCACCACUGAAUCUAGUAACUUGCGAUUAACGGAAAAAUUAACCGCAUGCUUAAAGUCAAUGAAAAAUGCAGAUAUGUUUUUCAAAAUGCAUUUCAGUAAAAAUUAUUUUCCAGAUUUCAUAAACAAACACAAUCAAGAUUUUAUGGAUGUACGAUCAAUAAUUUUGAAAAGUGAAGAGUCUGGCUACAGAUGUAUUUUUGAAAUGGUUCAUGACGUUAAAAGAAUAGUAUUUUUUGGAAGGGAAUUUUUAAAGACGAAAUACGACGAGAAACUUGAAUGUGCUAUAAAUAGUUUUGAAACUGAAAUUAAUGAGUUCCUGAAUAAAUCCCCAUUUGCAAAUUACCAACUUGAAUAUUUAACCGGUGAACCAAAAGAGCUUUUAUACAAAAACUAUUGUUUAAUAUAAGCAUGUUAACUAUUUUGUUAUUUUAUGUAUCUGAAUAAUACACUAUAAUAUUUUAUUUCGUUAUAUUCUUUGCUUGCUGCUUAAGGCAUGUCAUUUUGAAACAUUUAUUAUAACUAUGUCACUCCAUUUGAACUUGGUGCUUUAUUCUGUAUUUUCCCUUUAGAUUCAUUCAUAGUUUGCUUUAACAAUUUUUAAUGUUAUUUUUCGAAUUUAAAUAGAGCAAUUGUGAAUGAGCAAUUCAAAUUAAAAAGAGAAGAAAAAUUAUCUUCAUGAAGAUAAUUUGAUAAAACGAACGAAAAUACAAAAUGACAUGUAAAUUACUACUAGUAUUUCUUUUAUAUUGUAAUUGAUUACUUGGCCUUUCAACUGAUCUUUGGCGAUAUAUAUGGUUGUGGUAAUAUUUUAUUUUGUGAUCAAAAAAUAUUGCAGCUUCUUUCAGUCAAUUUAGUUGCCAUAAUAUAUCAAUUUUCUAUAAUUUGUUUUUUAUAUUGUGUAGGGCAUUUUUUCAAUUUGUUUAUGCAGAAUUUUUGUAUUUUGAUUCCAUCCAAAUUCCUAGUUAUACAUAGAUUGAUAAUAUAUUUGCAUAUGUUGUGGCAAGUGUCUAUUGUCUUAGGAUCUUUUCAUGUAUUUAUAUGCGUCCAAAUGUUAAUUCACUUGUGUCAUAUAUUCAUAUAUUGCAUUUCAAAUGUAUUAAGUAGUACUUCUUUAUUUGGCAAACUUAAAAGACUAUUUUAAAUGUCAUUGAUUUUAUCAAAAUUAUUCAUCAACUACUAUGUAUUUAUUGUAAGAGUUUUAUGUUUUUUAUGUUAAUAUUUCCUUAACUACUAACGUCAGUUUUCAAACAUUCAAAUUUAGAAUAACAGAAUAGUCGUGCCCCAAAAAGAUGCAACAAAAGACCGAGUUUAGAGAAGAAUGUGUAACCUACCUGAUCUAAAAAAGAUGGAAAACAAAAUUUAUACAAUACUGUAUAGCUUGAAUUAAAUGAUCAAAUGAAAAACGAAAAUUGAGAAUGUUUAACUUUACUUUUACAUCUUUUUAGGGCUUAAUAUUCAUUCAAAACAUCUGUAUCCUUUGAUAGAACUAGCCAUUAUUUAUCAUUCGAAUAUGUAACCUGUUCAAUAAAAAUAUUCUCUUGUACUUUACUCCCAUAUAUUGUAGAAUAAAAAAUUGCUAUGCAUUAAAUAUAAUUCCAAACUUUAAA